GUCUAGAACCCACGUUCUCUUUCUCCAUUGGAUUUGGAGGCCAAGAGAAUCACUGCGUAGAUCGGACCGCAGACAGCAAAUUUCCCCUCUCAUCCUCAUCAGCAUGACAACUAAUCAUCCUCCUUCUCCUUCCAGCUGUACUUGCCUUCCCUAUCUCUGCGCUUCUCUCUUCCCUGAUGCUCACCUCGCCUCUAUCAACAGAGCUCUCAAGAUUUGAUACUUCCCUUUCCACGGAAUGCGACGACAAAGCGAUAGCAGGCCGAAGUUGAAGAUCAUGCCGCUGGCUUCUUUCCUCUAUGUUCUUCUGUAUAUGGCACUCUCAAUCCCUAGCGCGGACUCGAAUCAGGAGAAGAGUUUGACUUCAAUCUACGACGUCUUAAAGGCCAAAGGACUUCCGAUGGGUUUGCUGCCGAAAGGAGUUACAGAUUUCAAAAUCGACGAGUCGUCUGGGGAUUUCGAGGUUCACUUGGAUCAAGCCUGCAAUGCCAAGUUCGAGAACGAGUUGCAUUACGACUGCAACGUCACCGGGAAGCUGAGCUACGGCCAAAUCGAAUCCCUCUCCGGAAUCUCGGCGAAGGAACUAUUCCUCUGGUUUCAGGUGAAGUCGAUUCAGGUCGACGUUUCGGACUCGGGGAUUAUCUGCUUCGAUGUUGGGGUCGUCGUGAAGAAGUUUUCCGUUUCGCUGUUCGAGCUCCCCAAGGAUUGUGCUGCCGCGGCUGCCGACGAGGCGAGGGUGGAAGUUCAGGGCGGGCGGUUUAUCGAAGAUGCUGUGACCCAGAAUCAGCGUGGUGAAGAAGUGAACUUUGGAAGGGAUGUUCUGUAAAAUUUCACGGUUGAAUUCUUUCUUUCUCGUUUCCCUUCCCACAUUGCCAGUGGAACGAACUACUGCUACCAGCUUCAGCAGACGUGGGUUUUUAUCUUGGACGAGAUUCAGAUAGCAGCUGAAAUUAGGCAGUGAUUUGUAGCAAAACACAAGAUAAAAGUGCAGGCAGGGACUUUUGGAGGAGGUGAUAUCAGGUGAUAAAUACGCCUACUCGCAAAUUUGUUCUUGUGUUGAAGCUUUCUCAUAGAUAUGGAUAUAGAUUCGGCAAGUUUGUUGUUUCUGGGUGCUCUUCUUUUGUGAUAGAAAUGAUGCGUGGCGUGUUUGUUUUCAGGAAUAAAAAUGAUGUAAUAUAGAGGUUAUUCUUGCCGCCAUGUUUCGUACCAGAGCUUGGAUCUCAAUCUGCGUAUGAUUAGAUGUAUGUGUUUUUGUUCAAUUGCCAGUGAUUGAUCAGUAGACACUAGACAGUAGGGCACAAUCCAUCUCUGUCGCGUAUGACUUUCAUGGUCGCGCAUAGGCGUAAAACCCAUCUGAGUUUGAGCAGCAAUCAUAUAUGAGUAAAUCCCAUUUCGUUCAUAUUACUAUUAGCCAAUCUGGAGUUUCAUUGAGCACUCUCUUUAACUUGAUUCGAGCGAGGGGGACGAGUUUGGCACGAUCGAAGCACGCCAGCGGCCAUAGGCUCAGAGAUGGAAAUUGCUUCUACCUUCCAAAGGCUUGACUACAAAGGUAUGCCGGAAUCCUUCACUGCAAGAGUUCUCUAUCAUAUCUGUAAGUUGAUCUUCUUCAUCGGGCAAAAUGAUCGGACUAUUAGCUUCGAUUUAAGUGGCCACCUUUGCAUUGUGUUGAAAGACGACAGAUUCCCGAGCUUAUCUUUGACGGCCACUUCUACUUUGCUGAGAGCCCUGUUUUCUGCUGUGUUUUUUUUUUUCCUUGUUUGCUUUGACAGGGGCAAAUGGAGAGUUGCAAUUGAAGACGUGACGCUAUGCUUUGCAGGAAAAUUCUUGGGCAUGCUCCUUUCUUUUCUUACUAAUCUCCACUCUGCUAAUGAUGCUGUUGUGGUCAUGGCAUUUACACAGAUGCACUGAUUUUCGCUAAAAUGUUUCUUUUUAUUACGAACGAGACUGCUAGUGCUGGAUAAACUAAAAAGUGUGGUUUGCUUCAUGAAUUUGAAAAAUGAAAGUUUUGGUAAAAU